GAACACCUUCCUUCCUGCCCCCACUGUUCCAGUCCACCAUGGUCCAAGUCGUCAAGCGCCAGGGCUACAAGCUGCUCAACCUCUGGACCACGGACAAGGCCACGUUCCCCGUCGUCUUCUGCGCCUCCUUCGCCGCCGUGGCCGCCACGGGCAUGUCGCUGCGCUACCUCUUCAUGAACCCCGACGUGUACGUGAACAAGGAGGAGCGCUUCGCCGAGCUGCACCACACGCUGGAGCCGCGCGAGGACCGCGGGUCAUCGUGGCGGCAGUUCCGCUUCCGCAUGGCGAACCUCAAGCGCAACCCGAUCAACCAGUCGCGCCAGUUCGACGACCUCUUCGCCAAGGAGGAGAAUCAGAGCGUCAAGAGAUAAGCGGGCGGAGCUUCCGAGAAUGUCGACACGCGAGCUCGACGGCAGAAACAAGUCGGCACAGGGACUCCUCGUGCAGUCACCUCGUGCCGGUGGUUCUGUCAAAUGUCAUUUUUUGCGUUUGCUCUACGUCACACAUCGUGUUCGUGGCAUUCCGCCGCGUGCAACGUAGUCAGCCACGGAGCUAGUCGGUUGAUCAGAAGAAAGUCUCAAUGAAAAAAUAUAUAUUGAAAAGUCCUACGAGACGUCAAAACU